CUUGCUGUAGGACUUAGCGACAACUCCAUUUGUGUAUGCAAUACUUCAAUCCCAAAUAUGGCCCUUGAAGUAAGAUGCCCAGAAAGGUGCCUUCUGUAUUCAAUGCGGUUAUGGGGCAACAACCUAAGAACUCUCCAUGUGGCAUCUGGUACUAUCUAUAAUGAGAUUAUUGUUUGGAAGCUGGUUCCUCAGGGCCAUUGUCCCUCUUCAGGAAGUGCAGUGCAGGACUACAAUGAUCAUAGUGGUCCAUUAUCCGACAAUAUCCAGUUUAACGAUCAACAGUAUGAAGCUAUUUGUCUGAGUAGACUUAUUGGGCAUGAAGGUUCAAUCUUCCGCAUAGCAUGGUCAUCAGAUGGAUCAAAGCUGAUGUCAGUUUCUGACGAUCGUAGUGCUCGUUUCUGGACUGUUAAUGCUUCAGGGAAAAAUUCUGAUGAUUUGAGGGAGGUUGUUCACCCUGGUUCAAUUGAUCUUGGUGAAAGGAAAGAUUCUUUUGAUAAAAAACGAGGGGCUGCUGUGCCUGGCUCAGUUGGCCUUGUCCUAUUUGGCCACAAUGCUAGGAUUUGGGACUGCUGUAUCUCUGAUUCUUUAAUUGUCACUGCUAGUGAGGAUUGUACUUGUCGUGUGUGGGGAAUGGAUGGAAACCAGAUCAAGAUGAUAAAAGAACACACAGGUAGAGGCAUAUGGAGAUGUUUAUACGAUCCAAACUCUUCACUUCUUGUUACUGCUGGGUUUGACUCGUCAAUCAAAGUGCAUCAGCUGCACCCUUCUUUUUGUGGGGGCUCAAUUAAACAGAAUGGGGAACUGGAACGGUUCAAGGACAUGACAGAGGUCUUUACCAUUUUUAUCCCAAAUUUGUCAGAGCAGCUUGAACUUAUGGACAGCAAAAGCGAGUAUGUACGUUGCCUGAAUUUCACUCGGGAGGAUACACUUUAUGUUGCCACUAACCAUGGUUAUCUGCACCAUGUUAAACUAUCUGAUUCUGGGGAUGUAAAGUGGACUGAACUUGCUCGUGUGGGUGAAGUGCCAAUUGUUUGUAUGGACAUACUAUCUAUGAACCCACCCAAUCUUCUCAUGGGUAUUGAGGAUUGGAUUGCUGUGGGAGAUGGUAAAGGAAACGUGACAGUUGUUAGAGUUUCUGAUGAUGAUUGUGCCUUUAAUGUGUCCCCUGCCUUUACUUGGUCAGCUGGAAUAGAGAGGCAACUCUUAGGAACCUAUUGGUGCAAGUCAUUGAAACAUAGGCACAUCUUCACUGCUGAUCCUAGAGGGAUGUUGAAGUUAUGGAGAAUAACUGAUCCUUCAGAAUAUGGCUCUGACAUGUCUGUUAGGAAGCAUAUGGUGUCUCUAAUUGCAGAGUUCUCCUCGUGUUUUGGAACACGAAUUAUGUGUUUGAAUGCCUUGCUUGAUAAAAAGGUGCUGGUAUGUGGGGAUCAACGUGGUAAUCUAGUUGUCUUCCCUUUACUGAAGGACUUGUUACUGGCCAAAUCCAUUAUAUCAGAAGUGAAGAUUCCUCCAUUAAAUUAUUUUAAAGGAGCCCAUGGGAUAUCAAGUGUUGCCAGUAUUACCUUAGCUACAUUAAAUAUUAAUCAAGUUGAAAUUCGCUCGGAGGAGUGGUCCCUUGUAGCAGAGAUGGAAGCAGUCCCCGAAAAACUGAAGAUCCAAAUAUUGCAGACAGGUAGUGGUGUCCCUAUCGAGCAGAAAAUUGCACCAUGGAAAGAGUACAACAUUGAUGAACAGAACCACCAAUAUCCUGGAGUAACUCUGAAGCCACAAUAG